CCAAGUGACACCUGCUGGUCUGCAUCAACACGUUCUCCUGAUCUCUUAACCAGCAGGGGUGAUGAGGUUGGCCAGGAGCCUGCAGCUUGUUCUGCUUUUGGCCCUGACCUCCAGGGCUGCAGGCCUCAAUAUCCCUCUGGAAGUGGAGCAGGUUCCAACCAUAAUAACUCACACAUCAGGUCCCAUUAUCAGCCUUCCCUUUGACAACACUGUUACUAUCAGGUGUGAAGCCAGAGGCAACCCACCACCAGAAUACAGAUGGACAAAAGAUGGCAAACAUUUUGUCCCUCCCCAUCUGACAAAAAUCAAAACCGACCACAGAUACGGCACUUUUGUGCUUCACAACAAGCAGCUGGUCCAGUUCCAGGGCAAAUACCGGUGCUAUGCUUCUAACAAGCUAGGAACUGCCAUGACAGAGGAGAUUGAAAUCAUAGUUCCGAACAUCCCUAAGUUUCCAAAGGAGACUAUUGAUCCUAUUGUUGUUGAGCUGGGAGAGCCAGUCGUCCUGAAGUGUAACCCUCCAGAAGGCGUUCCCCCACGUCAGAUCUACUGGAUGUCUUUCGGUCUCCAGCAUAUUGAUCAGGAUGAGAGGGUUUCCAUGGGCAUUGAUGGCAACCUGUACUUCUCUCAUGCCUUACAGAAAGACAGUCGUUCGGACUAUUACUGCAAUGCUGCCUUCCCCACGAUACGAACCAUCGUCCAGAAGACCCCCAUGUCUGUCUUUGUCAAGAGCUCUGAAGCCCCCCCAAUGAGAAUACCCAGCCUGCUGCUGCCCUCUGGUGUUCAGACGGAGGUAGUGCUGCUCAAGGGACAGGCACUGCAGCUUGAGUGUUUACCAGGGGGAUUUCCCACUCCUACGGUGGAGUGGAAGAAAAUGGGAGACAAGCUGUCUACACGGACAACAUUUAACAACUUUGGAAAGCUGUUAACUAUAUCUGCUGUAGAAGAGAGUGAUGAAGGGAAAUAUAUGUGUACAGCUAAAAACCCAGCUGGAGUGGUUGUCCACUACUUUGAUGUAAUAGUGGAAGAGCCGCCAAAGUGGCUGACAGGGCCUCCUCAGAGCCAGCUGAGUACGAUUGGGUCUGAUGUUCACAUCAAGUGCUCGGUCAGUGGAAAACCACUCCCAGACAUUACAUGGAGGAGGAAUGGAGAAAUUUUCAAAGGUGACUCCAAAAACAGGCAAGUGCUUGAUGACACUGUGGUGCUCCACAACACCGUGCCAGGCGACAGUGCCGUCUACCAGUGUGAAGCCUCUAAUAGGCAUGGCUCUGUUCUGGCAAACGUCAACAUCAUGGUCAUGAAUAUCCCUCCAAUGAUACUGACAAAGGACUACCAAGAGUACUCUGUUGUACUAGGAGAGGACAUCGUCAUGAACUGCAGUGUUUUCAGUUGUCCAGCAUCCACCAGCUCUUGGGCCAGAGAAGAUGAGACUCCAGAAACACUCAAGGGGGAACGUUUUUUAUCUCUCCAGAACGGAACAUUGCAAAUCACCAGUGCAGAAAAAAACGACAGUGGGAAAUACGUGUGUGUUGCCUCUAACAAGGAGGGCCUGUCAGCUAUCACUGCUGUGCUAGAUGUAAAAGACCCUACAAAAAUAAUAGAGCCACCUCAGGAUAUGCAGAUCACCAGUGGGACCACAGCUAAGUUGAUGUGCCAGGCAGAGUACGAUAAAAGCCUGCAGGGCGUCUUUGAGAUGUUAUGGAGGAAGGAUGGGGAGAAGAUCCCUCUUUCCUCCGAGAUAGAUUCCAGGUACUCGGUGGAUGAUGGCAUGCUGAAGAUCAUGAAUGUAAACCUCAGUGAUCAGGGAAUAUACACAUGCAUUGCCAGAACCAAUCUGGAUGAGGACAAUGCUUCUGCACUGCUCACAGUACUGGAUGUUCCCGAUGCUCCACAAAAUAUAAAGAUAUCUGAACUAAAGACUGAGAGAAAUGUCUCACUGUCUUGGGUACCUGGGAGUGAUCACAACAGCUCUGUAACAGAGUUUAUAGUGGAGUAUGAGGAGAGCCAAUGGGAGCCAGGAAGGUGGAAGGAGCUACAGAAAGUCCCUGGUUACCAGGCAACAGUCGAGCUGGCCCUACAUGGACACCUUAACUACCAGUUCAGAGUGUAUGCUGUUAAUGCUGUUGGACCUGGACCCCCUAGUGAGCCCACUGAGAGAUACCAAACACCCCCUGCUGCCCCUGAUAGGAACCCAGAAAACAUCAAAAUUCAAGGUCAUCUUCCUUAUCAAAUGGACAUUAGCUGGGAGCCGCUGCUGCCUAUCGAACACAACGGCCCAGGUCUUGAGUACAAGGUGAGCUACAGGAAAUUGGGGUUGGAAGACGUCUGGAAAGAGCAUCUGGUCAAAAGACACUCCUUUGUCGUGAGGAACACAUCCACUUUCAUCCCAUAUGAGGUCAAAAUUCAGAGCAGGAACAGCGAUGGCUGGGGACCAGAACCUAAAAUUGUUACAGGUUACUCUGGAGAAGAUGUUCCUUCUGCAGCACCCCGGGAUAUAGCGGUGGAGGUGAUCAACACCACUGUUCUGAGAGUAAGCUGGUCCCCGGUUCCAACUGCCACACUGAGAGGUCAUCUAAGGGGAUACGAUGUUCACUGGUUGAGAAAGCGAAGUCUGUUAAAUCCUAACAAGAUUUUGGAUGAGCGUCACUCCCUGUCCUUCCCUGGGAAGAGGAGUCAUGCCAUUGUGCCUGGCCUCAAGCCGUUUUCUGAGUACAGACUCACUGUCAACGUUUUCAACAAGAAGGGCAAUGGGCCCAACAGUGAUCCGGUCACCUUCAAUACACCGGAGGGAGUUCCUGAGCAAGUGCCCAUCUUGACUACUUCAAAUGCCCAGAAAGACUCUAUUUUGCUGGUAUGGGGCCCACCGCUGGAGUCAAACGGCAUCCUCACUGGUUAUCUCCUGCAGUACCACCUCAUUAAUGAGACCUCACUGGAGGUGAUUGAUUCCCAGGAGAUGAACAUCACUGGGGCUGACACCACCCAGUGUCAGCUUCAGGGCUUAGAGGAGGGCAGCCUCUACCGCUUCCACCUCAGUGCCUGCACUCGAGUAGGCUGUGGACCUCUGCAGACCCAGGAGAGCAGCACCAUCAGUCAACCACUUCCAGCCCUGUUGAACAUAAGCUCUUAUGUGAGUGACACCUUUGCCAAAAUCAGCUGGACUGCCAGAGAGGAACAGCAGAAUUCGCAGCUUUAUGUGGCUUAUAUGAAUAACCGUGAUGGUAACUGGCGGAUUUCAGAGGCUGUUAACACUUCUCAAAGUUUCCACGUUAUUGAUGGGCUCAAACCUGGAACGGUGUACACGGUGCGCCUCAUGUCCAAGAGCCUGCUCGAUAAUGCUAGCAUUUUCGAAGACGUUAUCCAGACACGGGUCAAAGGUAUGGCAGGUCAGCAGAGGAACUUCUCGACCCAGGGCUGGGUUAUUGGGACCAUGUGUGCUGUGGCACUCCUCACCCUUGUUGCACUCAUGGCUUGCUUUGUGCGGAGAAACAAAGGUGGCAAGUAUGCAGUGAAAGAGAAGGAAGACCUCCACCCUGACAUGGUGUCACAGGGAAUGAAUGAUGACACCUUCUGUGAAUACAGUGACAGUGAUGAGAAGCCACUGAAGGGCAGUAGCUUGCGUUCCCUGAAUGCAGUCGGGGACAGUGUCAGCAGAGACAGUCUGGUCGACUACGCCGAAGGAGACGAAGAAUUCAACGAGGACGGUUCAUUUAUCGGAGAAUAUUCCGGACCCAAGCAUCGAGGCUCUGUUAGCCAGCCCAGUGGACCCAGCCCAGUCACUGCAUAAAGCCAAGCUCCAGUUGAAACAGUCUACUUCAAAUCCUUUCAAGAUACUUUUUAAAUUCAGCUUCCCUGGCAAUGAAUAUAACUUGAAUGGCCAAAUAUGGAGGAAUAAAAACGACUCAAAUGUGCUGCAGUCUUUAA